AUGGCUACGACAGUGUCGCCUGGCAGUGAGAAGUGUUUAGCGGACUCACCUGUUGUGCAACCUAUGGAUAGUUUCAGAGAAUUGAAUGAGUCGGAAGUCCAAAAGCUCAUUGAAGCCACGCCUAAGAAAUUCUGCUGGCUUGACCCAAUGCCUACGCUCCUUGUUGUCGGCUACAUUGAUAUUCUGUUGCCUGUUAUCAUCAAGGUCAUUAAUCUCUCUCUACAGACGGGCUCAUUUGCUGAACAAUGGAAGUGUGCGUUAGUUCAUCCUUUGCUGAAGAAGCUUGGACUUGACUUGGUUUUCAGAGUUUGUAGACCAGUCAGCAAUCUGCAGUACAUCUCUAAGCUCACCGUAAAGGCUGUAUUUAGUCAAACGCACGAGCACAGGGUCGUCAAUGAAAUCUAUCCUGAUCUGCAAUCGUCUUCUCUUUAA